AUGGAGUUUGCGCUUGACAAAGCUUUGAAGGAGAUGUCUUUGGAUGAAGAGGAACCGAUUGUGUUGAGAAACUUACCACAGUUCAGUUCGUGUGAACGGAAUGAACAAAGUAUCAUCGGCCGUCUUCUGUGCCCGGAAAACCAGAAGAUGUCGAGUGUGAUUCAUGAGAUGCCUCGGAUUUGGCGGGUGUAUAACAGGGCAAGGGGUAUUGCACUUCCGAAUGAUAGGUUCCAGUUCAUCUUUGAUUCGGAGAGAGAGAUGCUCACAAUUCUGGAAGCUGGAGCUUGGACGUUUAAUGAUUGGAGCAUGACUUUGGAGAGAUGGGUGGAAAAGCCACCAGCAGAUUAUCUUAAAGUGUUACCGGUUUGGAUUCGCUUAAGAAAUAUCCCGGUGAACCACAUGACAAAAGAUACAAUACAAGAGAUUGCCGAGCAUAUUGGAACAGUUACUGAUGUGGCUUUCGACCCUUUGAAACCUCUAAGUAAGGGUUACGUGAGAGCUAGGGUUUUACUGGAUGUAAGUCGACCAUUAAGGAAUAACAGGAUACUUCAAACUCCAACGGGUGAAACGGUGACCAUCAACAUUGAGUAUGAGAGGAUUAGGCGACGGUGCUACCAAUGUCAACGUAUCACACAUGAUAAAGAGCGCUGUCCAUUUAACCCCUUAAACCGGCAAGUGAUUGCUACGGGUGGGGUUAAAUCUUCUACUGUCAUUCCAUCGCGACUCAUCCCUCAGAUCAGUAAAGAUGAUCCGUUGUUUGGAGUUCUAACCAAUGAUGAUGUAGGGAUCGACUUUGCUACUGGUAAACCAAAAAUUGCUAAAGAAGUUCUUGACGAGAUGCGACAAUAUCUAUCAGUCGCAGAUCCGGAAGUGAAGAAGAUUCACAUUGCUAGGGUACGAAAAUCAGUGUGGGAUCUAGAAGGGGAUUUACAAGGACAAAAAACAUUUCUAAGGUUGGAAGCUCCUACAAAAUUCACAACGGAUGUCGACCAAGGAAAGGGGUUAGUGUUUGACUUUGAAGGAAUAGGGACGAGUACUGAUGGUGGAGGUGAACACGUUGUCUCGGCUGUAGCUCAAGGAAAGGCAAUGACGCGGCUUUCGCAACCGUUGCAAUCCAGGUCGGCUACUUAUGCAACAGCUUCGCAACAGGAGCUUGAUUCUACGGGUUUCAAGGCCAGUUUCUCGGCCGGUUCAUCCGGAAUCAAGCCCUCUAGAGGGAAACAGCGGAGACGACCUAGCCAAUGGAAGAGGAAAGCUCAGGCCCUAAAACCUGGUGGUGGCCCAAAGCAAGCAGUACAUGCUGAAGAGAGUAUGAAAGAAGGUACUUACAAGAGAAAGGCUACUCAUGAGAAUGUGUGGAUAGCUAAAGUUGCAAAACAAAAUGACAGUGCGGUGGUUCCGGUUGAGGAACCGCUGCAACAUUAA